AUGUCACACACAGCGAUCUGUCCUCACCACCUUGGCUCCGCCUUCAGCAGAACCACAACAGUCACCAACAAGAACACAACAUACGUCCAUCUGCACGUCUCAUGUUCUGCCAACAGGCAGGGUCCUCACGGUAACCUGAGUGCAUCAGCAACCUGUCCUGCUCCAGACAGAUAUGACAUCCAAUCAGAAGCUUGCAGUGUUGGAUGCUGGCACGACCUGGACAACAGCGAGUAUGACUGUUGGCCACUGGACAACCCCAACGAGUACAACAUGAUCAACUGUGGAGGUCUGGAGAUGGCCUGGUUGGUCCGACCACCAGAGACUGUGAAGAGCGGCCACAUGUUCAGUGUCACGUACUCUGUAAAGGCUCGGGGCUCCUUCUACCAGUGGGCUGUUGACAACCACGUCUUCACACACAGCUCCAACCCUGAAGAGGCUCAAGAGUUCUGCGAACUUCAGGAAUGUCCUGCCAACUGGAAAGAUGCUAACACUGAAAACUGCUGUAUUCAUCAUGCGAACAUCCACUCCUGUCCUUUGGGAUACAUGACUGCAGAAAGCAUCUGUGGUCCAUGGAUCCCUGAUGAUGGCAAAAUCUUCACACACACCAUCUCCACUUCCGGCAAGAUGAGUCAGACCAACUGGACCUCCAAAGUGGUUCUGGUCCAUCCAGGUCUCACCUCACUCAUCGCUCACAUACGCGUUGGUCUUAUGCAGGCCGCUCUGGAGGCUAAGAGCACCGUGUUGCCCGCUGUUGUAUGCGGUGAUGGUGACUGUGAGGAGGCGGAGCUUUGUUCCACCUGUCCAGCCGACUGUGGAGACUGUCCUCUGACUUCAUGGAACAAGUUGGCCAUCGGCCUGCCGCUCAGCUCGCUGUGUCUCUGCAUCAUUCUGGCCGUUGUGUGGCUGCGGUACCAGAAACAGAAGCUGCUGUGGGACGAGAGCUGGAUCAUUGACUUCACGCUCCUAAAACAAGACCAUGAAGCCGGUUGGACCACCAGCAGCAUCGUGAGUGUUCUGGCGGCGCACAGCGACGGUAACACCAGCGGUGUGACAGCUCUCGGGUCCUACGCCGGACAAGCAGGAAGCAGAAAAACACCUUUUACCAGCACCGGCAUCUAUGAUGGGCAGAUGGUGGCCAUCAAGAGGAUCCAAACAAAGACCUUCUGCCUCUCCAAAACCAUCAGACAGGAAGUCAAACAAGUCAGGGAACUCGACCACCCAAAUCUCUGUAAGUUUGUUGGCGGCUGUGUGGAGGUGCCAAACGUUGCCAUAGUGACGGAGUACUGCCCCAAAGGAAGCCUGAAUGAUGUCCUCCUGAACGAGGAGGUGCCACUGAACUGGGGUUUCAGGUUUUCCUUUGCGAUGGACAUCGCCAGAGGGAUGGCGUACCUCCACCAGCACAGGGUCUGCCAUGGCCGCCUCACAUCACUCAACUGCGUGCUGGAUGACCGCUGGGUGUGUAAGAUCACCGACUACGGCCUGAGGAUCUAUUGCACGGAUGAUGGGAUGGAGCCUCUGUCCACCUAUCAGCAGCGGCUGAUGGCGGUCUACCUCCCACCCGAGUUCCAAAGUUGUAACGUGGAGCCGACGCUGGCGGGCGACGUGUUCAGUUACUCCAUCAUUCUGCUCGAGAUCGCCACCCGCAGCGACCCCGCCCCCGUGGAAGAGUCCAGUCUGGAAUGUUCCUGGUGUCCUCCUCUGCCAGAACUGAUCUCCAGCAGAGCAGACAGCACAUGUCCCUGUCCCGCCGACUACGUGGAGCUGAUCCGGCGAUGUCGUUCUCAUAACCCCGCCCACCGACCCACCUUUGAACAAAUUAGGAAAUUUGUGCAUCGCAUCAACCCGGUGAAAGUCAGCCCUGUGGACAUGAUGAUGAACCUGAUGGAGAAGUACAGCAAACACCUGGAGGUGCUGGUGGCCGAGCGGACUCAGGACCUGACCCUGGAGAAACAAAAGACUGACCGGCUGCUUUACAGUAUGCUCCCGAAGCAGGUCGCCGACGACCUCCGGCACGGGAAACCGCUACAGGCUCAGAGCUACGUCAGCGCCACAGUCUUCUUCAGUGACAUCGUGGGAUUCACGCAGCUGUCCAGCAGCAGCACGCCCUAUCAGGUCGUGGACUUCCUCAACAAGCUCUACACCACCUUCGAUGACAUCAUCGACAACUACGACGUCUAUAAAGUGGAAACAAUCGGUGACGCUUACAUGGUGGUGUCUGGCGUUCCCCGGGAGAACGGGAUCCUCCACGCCUCUCAGAUUGCCAGCAUGGCUCUGGACCUGGUGGGGAUCUGUCACACCUUCAGGAUUCCCCACAAACCCAACAUGCAGCUGCAGAUCCGAGCAGGAAUCCACUCAGGUCCGGUGGUUGCCGGGGUGGUGGGGACGAAGAUGCCUCGUUACUGCCUGUUUGGCGAUACGGUGAACACGGCGUCCAGGAUGGAGUCCACCAGUCUGGCGCUGAAGAUCCAGUGCAGCUCCGGUGCCUUCUACCUGCUGGAGGAGAUCGGAGGCUACGUGCUGACAUGCAGAGGAACGCUGCAGGUCAAGGGGAAAGGAGACAUGGUGACCUACUGGCUGGAUAGCAAAAAGACGGGCAUGAUGGCCAAACCCGUAACCACAGAGACGGAGGGAGAGCAGGACUCGUCCAUACCAGGGUGUCUGGACCCGGAUCCACAAGCAUCCAAAGACUACAAAUAACAAUAUUUGUGCCCUGGAUCUGUGUCUCAGUGAUAUUUGGUAGAUCUGUAGCUUUCCUAAAAAAUAAUCAAUGAUGAUCACAUCUUCAGACCAGCUGUGGACCUGGAACCUUGGAACUGGACUUCAGUGGCAGAGCAGAGAAUGAGGAGAAGACCAGGACCAGACACGUUCCCACUCAUGUCAUGUGGCUCCGGUGAACAGGAACUCUUCUGUCAGUCUAAUGUCUGGUGUCUGUUCUAAUGUCUGGUGUCUGUUCUAAUGUCUGGUGUCUGCUCUAAUGUCUGGUGUCUGCUCUAAUGUCUGGUGUC